AGCUAAGCUAGCAAUAGUGGUCAAGACCUGAACUUCUGAAUUAAUUUUUAAUUUUUCUGGAUUUAGAAGAAUAUUGAAUAAAAUGGCAGCGCGUGGUUUAUUACUUAUGGGCCAAUGCAUGCCCUGCAUCAAGCAGAAUGCAUCAAAAAUACGCAUACGCCGCAUGGAGCUGGAUAAAAACCUCAACAUGUACUUUAAAAAGGAUACGUUUUUCUUUGCCCACGAUCCGCAAAAGUUGUGCAAAACAGGCGAUGUGGUGCUAAUACGUGAACUGCCCGAGCGCAUGACCCGCCUGAUCACACACGCUGUGGAAAAAGUUGUCUAUCCACUUGGUGACAUAACAGAUCCCAUUACCGGCAAGAAGGUCGUGGUGGGCAAGUACCGUGAGGAUAUUGAAAUGGCCAAUCAAUUGUUUGGCAAAUCGGAGAAGGCCUUCGACUACGAUAAGGCGCCACCACGUGGUCGACUGGAGGGCACCAAGGACUUUACGCACGGCGAGACAUACAUUAAAUAUCAUGAAGAUGGCAAAGAUCAACCAUUUGCCGUGUAGCCAUAGUAUAGUUAAUAGUUGCCCCUAAGUAUGUCAAUAAGUACAACAAAAACCCAGCAGUCAAUAUGUCAUUUUACUAAAUAUUUUAUUUAAAAUGUCGAUAAAUGUUUAUGCAUUUUGCAAAUGUAA